UGGGCGUUUACGAAAGUUCCCCGGAUGAAGUUGUGAUUGACUCUACACGGCUAAAAAGUUGAGCUCUAGUCGAGAGGUGGUUCUGCAACCCGUGUGGUAGGUUGGUCUUAGGAAGGCAAAAUGCAGACCAUGAAGUGUGUAGUGGUGGGGGACGGUGCCGUGGGUAAAACAUGCCUCCUCAUCUCCUACACCACCAACGCUUUCCCUGAGGAGUACAUCCCCACCGUGUUUGACAACUACAGCGCCCAGAUGACGGUAGAUGGUCGCAGCGUCAGCCUCAACCUGUGGGACACAGCCGGACAAGAGGAGUACGACCGCCUCCGUACUCUCUCCUACCCCCAAUCCAACGUCUUCGUCAUCUGUUUCUCCAUCGGGAGUCCUUCAUCCCACGCCAACGUCCGCCACAAGUGGCACCCGGAGGUGUCUCACCACUGCCCCAGCGUGCCCAUCCUCCUAGUGGGGACCAAGAGGGACUUGAGGAAUGAUGGGGAGACGGUGAAGAAGCUGAAGGAGCAGGGUUUAGCUCCAACCACACAGCAACAGGGGAACAGCAUGGCUAAGCAGAUAGGAGCGGUGAAGUACAUGGAGUGUUCCGCUCUGACGCAGGAAGGGGUCAGGGAAGUGUUUACCGAGGCCGUACGGGCCGUGUUGUAUCCCGUUACCAAAAAGAAUGCCAGGAAGUGUGUACUGUUGUAAUGGAAUGGGCUGGUGACUGGGACUUCAGGAGGAGGGGACUAAGGGAGGGACACGGAUGGAGAGAGUGAGGAGAAAAGAAGGUAGAGAGACUAUGACUGGGAGCAAGUUUGAGUUUGUUGGAGGAGAUGGACUCAGGCCCCUCUGCCUGUAAAGACUCUUGAUUCAGCUCACUUCUCUCCUUCCUCCAGUAGCCUCAAAAUCAAAUCAGGACCUCAAAGCCAGUUCCACUGCAUUUUUUUGUUCCUUCUUACUCUAAUCAGGGACUGCUUUAGACCUGGGACACCAGGUGGGAGAAAUUCAUUAUCAGGUAGAACUGAAACCAGUUGUAGUCUGGACCUCGUAGGGUCAGAGUUGAAUUACCCUGGAUCUAUUAUUUUCCUCUCCUCAGAGUUUAAUCCACUUGGAAUUGUAUCACCAAAGUGACUAUGCCAACAGAGCUGCAGGGGAGCAUAGUCUCUCUCCUCCCAGUCUGCUGUUAAUGUUAUCUAUUGAUAUCACUUGAUUUGUAGCAAUGUUCAAAAAGAUGCUUCUGCCUUAGCUAAUACAAUCGGUCUAUUUUGUUUUGUGCAAUCCCUUCCUUUUAAGAUGUUUCUUAAUGUUCCAUAGUGACAGAUCCCCAAUGUACAGUGACCUGAUAGAGCUGGAGAGAUGAGCUCUGUCUUAGUAUAAAGGUAACCACUCCCUCAAUCACAGCCUAUCCAGUCAGCUAUUCAGGAUAUCCAUCAAGUACUGUUGAAACCAGACCUGGAAAUAGCCUAUAGGUUUUGGGCAUCUUGUUUUGUGCAGCUCUCUGCUUUAGCUAGGUGUCCAGUUUGCUUUCUUAAUUUCCCUUCAAAUGACCCUUAUUAAUUUCCCAUCAAAUGGACAUUAGCCUAAUCCAAUUAUGAUGCAAGGGCCAAAUCAACGGGGUUGUGAGCAGACAUUUUAAAAUCAAUGACUCGAUUGGUUGGCUGAAUGUUGUGAGUUUUUAUGAUUAAUGCUGACCAGAAUGAUGGAACAACAGAGAUAUCAGAUUGUUGCUUCCGGUUAUUUAUGCCAAUGACAUUUUAUGUGCCUUAUUCUAUGAUAUCUGAUUUUUAAAAUGUUUUAUCUACCUUUUUUAUCUAGAUGUAUAUUCUUUAGAUCCCAAAAUGAUUGUAUUAGAAAAAUGUUGAUUAGCUGGCGUGACACCAGUCUCUGGGAUUUGAUUAACUCAACAUGACAUCCUCUCAGAAGAACCAAAGCUUCUUUCUCAAAGUGCCAUGAAACAAGCUUUUUGAUUUUUACAUAAUGUUUCUUCUCUUUCGGUCCUACUCGGAAACGGAUGUAGCCCUAUAACUGACAUCAGAGAAGUGGUGUGGGUGUUGUGGUGUGAACUUGUGUUCACAGUCUUUAGCGUUUGCCACUAGAAUGUGAUUUAUGCUACAACCUAUAUGAUGCUGGUAAAUGGACGAUGGGGUUUACAGGCUGUGAUAACUGACUACAGCAGGAAGUGGGGCUCUGAUUCCAGUAACUACAUUAUUUAGGCUUGUCUUUUAUUACUGCAUGGUUUUAUUAAAUGAAUGAAACAUGGGUGGUUUUAUAGUCUGGAUAGGGUAUCAUACUGAAAAUGUACAGGGCCAAACCUUCUGAAGAUCUAUUUAAGGGUGCAUCACAAAUGGCACACUACUCCCUUUCUAGUGCAUUAAAUAAGUAAUCAGGGUGCCAUUUGGGACUCAGAGUAUGAAAGCCUAAACCAAGAGAGCAAUAAACCUCAUUCCUGUUUUAUUCCAAAAAUAUUUUUAAAUCAAUUUAUUCAGGUGAUCAGCUGUUAGUUUGAAUGUAAACUAAACCGUAACCGGUCAUGGGACUUCUCUUCUAGGUAAGGAGAGAGAUGGAAAUUAUUAUUUGUGUGGUGGGGGGGAACUAAAAAAACUCUUGAGUGGAAGAACCAUGUCAUUCCACUCAAGUUACAGAGGGAGUUUGCUUCAUUCUGUCAAGAAAAGUGACGUGGAGGUCCUUCAGGGCUUCGUGGAAACAGAUGUGUUCGUUUGACAGAUCGCUGUGACUGUUGUGUAGAGGAUUGAAUGUAAGAGAAUGAAAGCGUCUGUCAGUGUAAAUCCUGUUACCGUGUCCUGAUUUCACUCUCUGAACAUGCUGUUAAAACAACACACACCUGGGGCCUUUCCGUCUUACAGCUCUGUGUGUGUGUGUGUGUGUGUGUGUGUGUGCGCACCACGGUGUGUGUGUAGUCCAGUGUUUCCCAAAUUCCAGGGGACCCCAUGGGGUGUGUAUUUUGGUUGUUGCCAUGGCGCUACACAGUUGAUUCAAAUAAUCUAAGCUUGAUGAUGAGUUGUUUAUUUGAAUCAGCAGUGAAGUGCUAGAGCAAAACCCCCAGGGGGGUUCUCCAUUUAUUAUACACUGGGAACUUGAUUUAUUUGUAGAAUUUUUGUAAUUAUAUAUAUAUAUAUAUCAAAAGUGUAUUUGUAUAAAUUAACUAACAAUGAGAUUAUUUUUUAACUAUGCAAAAUAAAAUUCUUAUAGUUAAAUA